AUGUUGAGCAUUUCAAAAAAAAAACAAUACCCCAAAAGACAGGAUGAAUUAUCAGGAAUGCUGAUUACAAAGAAUGCUCCUAUAAGAAAUUAUUCAACUUGUAAGAGUUUUAAUCCUAUUACUGCAGCCACUAGAAAUUCGAGGAUUUCAUAUUAGUCAAAAUAAUAAUAAUCUUAGAAUUAGAGUGAAGAUAAAGGAAUCACCAGUAGAACUUUUUCGGUAAAUGAGGUUACAGAAUUGCCAUAAAUAUCAAAACCAACUAACAUAAUUCUUAAAAGACCUAAGUUCAUUCCCAGACCAAAAUAACAAUUAAGAAAGUUGAUUCAUGCAUAAACCUCACCCACUAAUCUUGAAUCAGAAAGAAAAUAGAGUAAUUUAAAUUCCCUUUCAUUUCAAAUUAUCAAUUUAAAUGUAGAUGCUGAGGAUGUGUAUAUUUUAUAUAAAGGUUUCAGAAAUUUGUGUCAAUUCAAUAAGAUAUGUAUAUUAAGUUAUAAUCUUCUAUUCGGUGAAUACAACGGUACUUAUUUUCCUAACUCUCAAAAUCCAUAAAUAAAGCCUUUAAACAAUAAGCAAUUGAUAAUGAAGAUCAGGACUGAAUCGAUAUUGGUGUUGCAAUUAAAUCCAAAUCAGAAGCUCAAUUCUCUGCAGAAUACUUAAAUCGACUGGUUUGAUUGCAUUUAUUCGACUAAAACUUACCAUUCCAAAGAAACCCUAAGUAGUGAGUUGAACAAGAACAACUUGUGGGUCAACAUAUCAAAGAUUCAAAAUCUAUUUAAAAUCCAAAACAAAGUGUUUAAUUACUUUUAUAUCGACAUCAUAUACUCAGAUCCAUCGAUUGUCAUUGAAGUUGAUAAUUUUAUCAAUAAGAUCUUAUUAAUUGACGAUGACAACGCUAGAUUAUGUCAUCUAUUUGUCUAUGCUCCAGCGAAUCUCCAAAUGAUUAAUUAAAAAUUGCAGGAUCUCUUUAGGAAUGGCUCCACUCAAGAUUUGCAAUAAUUGAAUCUGAAGGAACUGAUUGAUAGAGCCAAUUAGGAUAUGCUAUAAUUAUAGAUCAGAGUCAAGCAGUUGAAAUAUUUGGAGGAUCUGAAAGUCAAGACGAAACAGCACUUUAAGAAAUUACAUUUAGGUCCUUCUCUCAUGGGUCCAGAAUAAAGAGCUGAAAAAAUGAGAAACUAAAUUGUAGACUAUAUUAAAAGCAAUUCGAAAAUAAAGAUUGCGAAUAUGCAUUUUGUUGUGGGUGAUACCAUAAUGAGAAACAUUGAAAUGUUCAGAAAUCAUGAAAAUGAUAAAUUCUAUAGACAUUAAGAAACUGUUCAACUGAUUGAUCAUCUUAUCAAGAAUAGUUUGCCCAAUUUUCAGAAUAAUAGCUGCAAAGCAAAUUAUGCAUUCUAUUGUUUAUGA